GCUGGCGUUCAGCCGCGGAUUCUUGGACCUCGCCCUGCUCCGGUGCGUGUGCAUGGCCUUCCUGUGCGCCAGUUUGCCAGUGACGCAGAGCCUCGUGGCGCGGAAGACGCACCCGGCGAGUCGCGGCAUCUGCUUUAGCCUCUACGGCAUGGCCCAGUCGUUCGGUUUCAUGGUCAGCUCGAAG